UCCCGCCGGCUGCGCGGCGCUCUCCCGGAGGCGCGCCCGAGCCGCCGCCGCCGCCGCCAACAUGGCCGAGUCGAGCGAAGAGGUGGCGGUGCUGGUGCAACGGGUGGUGAAGGACAUCACCAACGCCUUCAGGAGGAACCCGCACAUGAGUUCAGGAAACUCGGAAGACUUCAUCCGUGUGUCCACAUCCUGCAUCCGUUUAAGGUAGCCAGGCGCACACACGAUGUGGGUCUGCCUGCUUUGUAAACGCAACUCUUUGGAGGUUCACCCCGGACGUUGGUGAGAGGGGUUACCGAUCACCUUAUUCUUAAUGGGCCCCAGGCCCCUCCUUUUAUUAACCAGAGAGAUGAAAUUGGCCUGAUCCCAUGUCCUGAAGCUCGGUAUAACCGGAGUCCCAUAGUUCUGGUUGAAAACAAACUUGGUGUGGAGAGCUGGUGUGUCAAGUUCCUUUUACCAUAUGUCCACAACUAGCUCCUUUUGUACAGAAUGAGAAAACAGUGGCUGAACAAAGAUGAAUUGAUAGAUGUGACAUGCACCCUGCUGCUUCUAAACCCAGAUUUUACCACUGCCUGGAACGUGAGAAAAGAGCUGAUCCUCUCUGGUACUUUAAAUCCAAUUAAGGACUUACAUCUGGGAAAACUGGCCUUAACUAAGUUUCCAAAGAGUCCAGAAACAUGGAUUCACAGACGAUGGGUGCUACAACAGCUAAUUCAGGAAACCUCCUUGCCUUCCUUUGUAACCAAAGGAAACUUGGGAACAAUUCCUGCAGAAAGGACACAGCGACUAAUACGAGAAGAGAUGGAGGUCUGCGGUGAAGCGGCAGGGAGAUACCCAAGCAACUAUAAUGCCUGGUCCCAUCGCAUCUGGGUUGUACAACACCUGGCAAAGCUAGAUGUCAAGAUUCUUCUUGAUGAAAUAUCUUCUACUAAACACUGGGCCUCCGUGCACGUUUCAGAUCACAGUGGAUUUCACUACCGCCAGUUUUUGUUAAAGUCUUUGAUUAGCCAAACUGUGAAAGACAGUUCUGUGUUGGAGAAAAACCCUUUGAGAAGCGAGCCAGCCAUGGUUCUUCCAAAAGAUGAAGCAGCAGCAGCUUCAGCAGAGGAACCAAGGAUAAAUAUCCCCCAUCUUCUAGAAGAAGAAGUUGAAUUCAGCACUGAUCUUAUUGAUUCCUACCCAGGACAUGAAACCCUUUGGUGUCAUAGGCGACAUGUUUUCUACCUUCAGCAUUACUUAAAUGGUAGGUUUACUCACAGCGUGACCCAGUUGUCACCUGGAGACAGCCCUGGGGGGACCGUGAGUGACUUGCACCACAUCCCAGCAGGCCCCCACACGUCUCAGGCAAUGGAGGUAGAUGGACUGAUUGACUCUAGCAAGCAGGGCUAUUCGCAGGAAACGAAACGCCUGAAGCGGACCCCAGCUCCAGAUUCCCUAGGCCUGGAAAUGGAACACAGGUUCAUCGAUCAAGUGUUGUCCACCUGCCGGAACGUAGAGCAGGCCAGGUUUGCAAAUGCAUAUAGGAAAUGGCUGGAUACUUUGAGUCAAUGAAAGAGACGGACUAUUCCUGCAAGGUUCCCCUUUUAGUGCAAUAUCGCCUUCCUUUCUUAUUUACAUAAUUGCAUGAACUGUUUGCUGUUAUUAGCUAACUAUAUGUUCUUCAUCUUUACCUUAAAAUUCCCUAGUAAGUCUUUCACUUUAUUUAUUUUGUUAAAAACUGGCAUUCCUUUGGGGAUAAAAUAAUUGUAUAGUUCCUUCCUGCUAAACAGUGAGUCUUAAUUUUUUUCUUUGUAACUUUUCAUCCUUUAUAUUUUCUAUACUUCUGUAUUUCUAGAAGAAGCCUAUAUUUCUAGGCUUCUUCUCAUUUGGUUCUCCUAGGUGGUUCACACAUACCUCCACCCACCUCAGUGCAAUUGCUGCAUAGACUAAUUUUUUAACUAAAAAUGUAUGUUGUAGUUCAGCUUAAAAACAAGAUAAAUGCAAAAUUACUUAAUUGUUUUGAGAAUCAAAUGGCCAGAUGGGUGGAUAAGAGAAAAUACAAACCAUUUCUUUCUCUAGCAUGUUCUACUGAAGUUAUAGACCAAGAUAACCAAAGUCAGAAGUAUUGAAAUUUAUAUUAAAAACACGCUUCCAAUGUAACCCAUUUUUUAAAUGAUUAUUUUAAAAGAAAUAAUUUUAAGAGUUUACGUAAUUGUAGUACUAGAAAAUUAUUUUUAUUACUAGUUUUGAUAGAUUGUUUUUACCUCAAAUUUGGUAUAUGCCAAAAACACUCAAGUCAGCCCUUAUAAAAAUCAUUUUUUUAAAAAAACCCUGGAAUGCCAUUUUGAGUUAUUACUACUUAUUUUCUUUCCAAAUUCAUCAUGAAAAAUGGGAGAUAUAUGCAUAGAAAUGUAUCCAUAAAAAAACCUUUCUUUUUAAAAAUUUAAGUUAUUGAGGAUACACUGGAUAAAAUACAAAAUUUUAAUGAAGUG